AACCAGACGAUCCACAGUGACAGAUAUGGAGAGUGAGCGGUGGAGCAGUCCGGGACAUGUCUGAGUAGAAACCCUGCAUUAUAUUUCAACACGUUACAGCAUUAAAUCCCCGUGUUGAAGAUGGGACAGUGCGGCAUCACGUCGUCAAAGACGGUCCUGGUCUUUCUGAACCUGAUAUUUUGGGCUGCUGCUGGUGUCCUGUGCUACGUUGGCGCUUACGUCUUCAUCACAUACGAUGACUACGAUCACUUCUUUGAAGACGUGUACACUCUCAUCCCAGCAGUGACCAUCAUUGCAGUUGGAGCCCUCCUUUUCAUUAUUGGGCUCAUUGGAUGCUGCGCUACCGUGAGAGAGAGCUACUGUGGACUCACAACGUUUGUCGUCAUUCUCCUGUUGGUUUUCUUGACGGAACUGGCGGUGGUGGUUCUCGGAUACAUUUACAGAGCAAAGGUUGAAGAUGAAGUUAAUAGUUCCAUCAAGAAGGUGUAUGAUGAGUACAAUGGUACCAACAGCAAUGCCCAGAGUCGGGCCAUCGACUAUGUUCAGAGACAGCUUCAGUGCUGUGGGAUCCACAAUUACUCAGACUGGCAGAAUACACACUGGUAUGAAGAAUCUAAAAAUAACAGCGUACCCAUCAGCUGUUGUAAAACUACAGUUGCAACCUGCACCGGGUCCCUCACACAUCCUGAAGAUCUCUACCAAGAAGGUUGUGAAGCUCUGGUUGUGAAGAAGUUGAAGGAGAUCAUGAUGUAUGUCAUCUGGACUGCACUGACAUUUGCUGCCAUCCAAAUGCUGGGGAUGUUGUGUGCAUGUGUCGUGCUGUGCCGCAGAGGCAGAGAUCCUGCCUACGAGCUUCUCAUUACAGGGGGCACGUGUGCAUAAAGAAGAACACAUUUCUCACCAUAAUACAUUCUAAGAAUUUACUUGUGUCGUUGGUGAGAGCAUGAAAAUAAUCUAUUACCACACUAACCUUAAAACACUAACCACACUAAAGUUAUAUAUUUUACCUGUUUUCUUUUCCAAAAAAAGCUAUUGACCAAAUUCUGUAAUGGUCAUUGUAAAUGAGAUGUAGAAAGUAUUCUGUUGCUGUGAGGGUUAGGGUGACCAAACUCAAACCUUGUUAGUCAUGUAUGGAAUAAAACGUGGACAGGGUCAUCUCCUCAUGUUAGUUUGCACUAUGUGUAUUGCUUUCAAUAUUUUAUAUUUAAAUCUGUCUUGUACUUGAAUGAAAGAUUGUAUAAUUUUACCCUGUACCUCCAGUACUACUGCUACUACAAUUACUACCGCUACUACUAUUCUACUUCUACUACUACUAUUCCAGCUCAGUUUUGGUUAAAACCUCACUUUUCACCAGCAGUAUUCUGUCAAGAAAUAGAGGACACCACAGCCCUAACUAUGUAAGUUAACUGGCUUUUGCUUAUCUGAUCUUUCCUUUAAGAAUGAAACCUUGUGAUCCCCUCCGGUAUGUGGGAUUUUUCAAGUAGUAAUGCAUUCAUAACUCUAGAUAGACUUUGUCCUAUAGCUGUUUGGUUUCUUUGUGUCUCAACAGUCUACUGAUGGUAGUUUUAGAAUUUGAUUUGCUGAUAUGUAGCAAUGGCAAGAAUCAAGAUUGUAAAUAAAAUGUGGGAAAAGUUUGAAAUUAAA